AUGGUCCAAGGGCGAGUGCUUGUCAUCGCGGGGUCAGACAGUUCGGGCGGAGCUGGACUUGAAGCGGACCAGAAAGUCAUUGCUGCUCAUGGCUGCUACGCCAUGACGGCCACUACGGCUCUUACUGCGCAGAACACCCAAGGCGUCAAGGGCAUUCAUGUCAUUCCAACCGAGUUUGUCUCUCAGCAGAUCGACGCUUGUGUUGAAGAUGUCGGUGUCGAUGUUGUCAAGACUGGCAUGCUUGCUUCUACAGAGACAAUAGAGAUGGUUGCAAAGACCAUGGUCAAGCAUAGCAUCCCAUCGCUUGUCGUGGAUCCAGUCAUGGUUUCGACUUCUGGUGCAACACUCCUCCCCAAUGAAGCCAUCCAGCAUCUCUGCAAGCACCUUCUACCGCACACUACGGUCCUCACACCAAACAUUCCUGAAGCUAUUCUUAUCCUUUCCCAAAAUAGUCAAGAAGCCCCCGAGGUUCGCAGUGUACAAGACCUUGAGACUGUAGCUCAACGAAUCCAAGCUCUUGGUCCAAAGUGGGUGCUUGUCAAGGGCGGACACCGACCCAUGAAGGAGGACUUGACUGUGGCCGAGACAGAAGAGGAGAGGAGUAUUGUUGUGGAUGUUCUUGUUGGUGGUGAUGGUGAAGUUGUCAGAGUCAAGAGCCCGUACCAGGCGAGCUCAAGUACCCACGGCACCGGAUGCUCUUUGGCGUCGGCCAUCGCAUCAAACUUGGCCAAGGGUCUUGAUACACCAACGGCUGUUCGAUCAGCGUGCCGAUACAUUGAAGCUGCCAUUCGAACAGCACCUGGUCUUGGUAAGGGGCAUGGUCCUCUGAACCACUUCCACUCGACCUAUACUCUUCCAUUUGCUCCCGGCUACUUCAUCGAGUGGCUUCUCGAGCGCCCUGAUGUCCGUGACGUCUGGAAGGAGUUUGUUUACCAUCCUUUCGUCAUGGCCAUGGGUGACGGAACCCUGCCUCUCGAAUCCUUCAAGGGAUAUAUCAUUCAAGAUUACCUAUACUUGAUUCACUUUUCACGUGCCAAUGCUCUGGCUGCCUACAAGGCGCAAAACAUUGAGGAUAUUUCUCGCGCAACAGAAAUUGUUCAGCAUAUCAUGCAUGAACUGAAGCUCCAUACCUCGUACUGCGAGAGCUUCGGCGUCUCCAUUGAGCAGAUCCGUGCUACGCCAGAGAAACAGGGCAAGUUUAAGCAGGCUCAUAACGGCGAUUGGCUUGGUCUUCAAAUGGCUCUUGCUCCCUGCCUCCUUGGUUAUGGUGCCGCAGCCAAGAUGCUUCAUGACCAUGAGAAGACUGUUCGCGAGGGAAACACAUACUGGGCAUGGAUCAAGAACUACAAUGAAGAGGAUUACACGGAUGCUGUCAAGUUGGGCUCUGCCCUUCUCGAAAAGCAUAUUCAAUUGCAGUCGCCUUCGCGAAUUGAAGAGCUGGUUAAGAUCUUUAUCCACGCCCUCAAGAUGGAAAUUGGCUUUUGGGAGAUGUUCCCUGCCCAGCAGACCUAA